AUGAUGAAUGGCUCCGACCUCGCCAGCACAACAACGUCCAGUCCCAAAUCCAAAGAGGACCAAGUAGUGAACGGCCAUGAUGAAAAGGAAAACAACCCCUUUGCAGAGUACAUGUGGAUGGAGAAUGAAGAAGACUUCAACAGACAGGUGGAGGAGGAGCUGCAGGAGCAGGAGUUUCUCGACCGCUGCUUCCAGGAGAUGCUGGAGGAAGAAGACCAGGACUGGUUCAUUCCAUCGCGUGACCUGCCCCAGGGCAUGGGGCAGCUGCAGCAGCAGCUGAAUGGGCUCUCCGUUGGUGACGGCCACAGUACAGAGGACAUUCUGAGCAAAAGCAACUUGAAUCCGGAUGCCAAGGAGUUUGUGCCUGGCGUGAAGUACUGA